CUCCAAUCCCCAACUCAGCCAGCCUAUGCAGAAGGAUGCCAUGGUCAAUGGUACUGAAAGCCGCUGAGAAGUCCAGGAAAACCCAACAGGGACAUACUCCCCCGUCCAUCUCCCUGCACAGGUUAUCAUACAGGGCAACCAAGGCAGUUUCUGUCCCAUAACUAGGCCUAAAGCCAGACUGAAACGGGUCCAGAUGGCCAGUUUCAUCCACGAGUGCCUGGAGUUGCCUGGCUACCACAUGCUCGAGCCCCGUGCCCAAGAAUGGGGUGUUAGCCACCGGUUUAUAAUCAGUGGCCAACUCUGGGCCUAGGUUCACCAUCUUCAGGAUGGGCUUGAUCACCAGCUCCUUCAAGUGGGUUGGAGCCUGAUCCUCCCUCAGGGAGGCAUUAACUACCUCCGGGACUCAGGCUUAGAUGAGCAGCCAUGAAGGGCAAGAAACAAGUGGCAGGCCAGACAAGUCCAAGCACCUUGUCCACAUCCUGAGGCCGCAACAGUUGAAAUUCAUUUAUUUCUCCUCUCCACGGCUUCUCUCAGGAUGUUCUCCUUUGCUUCCAAAAUGAAGAAGAAGCACCAUGGAUACAGCCAGCCACAGCCUGAUCCUUCUGCAGCAGCUCAACAUGCAACGGGAGUUUGGCUUCCUCUGUGACUGCACAGUUGCAAUUGGGGAUGUCUAUUUCAAAGCUCACCGAGCUGUUCUGGCUGCCUUUUCCAACUAUUUUAAGAUGAUAUUCAUUCAUCAGACAAGCAGUGAAUGCAUAAAGAUCCAGCCGACAGAUAUCCAGCCAGACAUAUUCAGCUACCUGCUGCAUAUCAUGUACACUGGGAAAGGGCCCAAGCAAAUGGUCAACCACGCCCGGCUGGAGGAAGGCAUCCGUUUCCUGCAUGCCGACUACCUUUCCCGCUUGGCGAUCGAAAUGAACCAGAUGCUUUCCCCAGAGGCCGUGCAGUCUUCCAACCUGUAUGGGAUCCAGAUCUCCACAGCCCACAAGGCUGUCAAAGAAAACCUGCAGGCCAAAGACAGUGUGACGAGUCUUGGGGGCAGAGCUGCCGGUCAAGGUGAUCACCCCCAGCUGCAGCUCUCGCUGGCGAUUGGGCUGGACGACAGCUCGUUGGAUCAGCAGAUGUCUCACCCUUCCGCGCAGGGAGGCGUGAAAGCCACAGAAGAGCUUUCAAUGCCCCCGGUGGCGAUCAAGCAGGAGAACGCGGACCCAGAACCGACGGUGUCCCACAGUCACCCCUCCUCCUCCCCAGAUGGCGGAGGUCCCGUCUUCUCCAAAGCUAAUCUCAAAGUCCACUUAUGUCAAUAUUGUGGGGAACAUUUUGAAUCUCGAGGCAAUUUGCGUGAACACCUCUUUAAUCACGUGUCAGGAUCCCUGCCGUUUGGGGUUCCGGCCUCGAUCCUGGAGAGCAACGACCUCGGUCAGUUCCAGCCUCUCAGUGAAAACCGUGAAGUCGUCCGAAGUCACCGGCUCGGUCCUUUUGUUCGGAAGGAGAGUGAGCGCCAUUCCGAGCAUCCAUCCCGCAACAACCUUGAGCCACUGCCGAUCGGCCAGCUAUCCCUGGUAUCCAAAGACUCAGAGCCCAUGGAGUUAAACUGCAACUUUUCCUUUUCACGCAAAAGGAAGAUCAGCUGCACCGUGUGUGGCCACAAGUUUCUGCGAAAGAGCCAGCUGCUGGAGCACAUGUACACGCACAAAGGGAAACACCUCAAAUUUGGCCGAUGCCAGAGGGUUGGCAACACGGCAGUCUCCAAGUUUCAGCCGUGUGGGGACAGCUGGACUCCAAGUAUGCUGAGAAGUGCCACCCUCCUGCAGGCGCACAUCGAUUCACAAAAUGGGUUGGAUCCGGACCUCUCCCAAGAGAGCAUCGACACCAUCCUGGUGGAAUAGCUUCCUCCUCUUCCAUCGCUUCGGCCAUAUGUGUUUUAAGCCUGUGGAUCUGCGCAUUCAUCUCCAUGCAUCUUUCACAACCGCCAGAGGCGUGUCAGUACAGAAAAAUAGCUGUGCUCCAUCAGACCAAAGUCCUGUCUACUCCAGCAUCCAGUUUUGCAGUGGCUCAGCAGCUACCUGUGGGAAGCAGAAAAUGAGUGCACCAUCCUGCACAUGUUCCCCAGCAACUGGUGUGCAUAGGAGUACUGCCUCUGAACCCGGAGGAAAUUUAUAGUCACCCUAACCAGUCGCCAUUAAUAGUUGCCUGCUCCCUGAAAUGUUCUAGUCCCCCUUUAAAGCCACCUGGGUUGGGCUGCAUCCUGUCUUGUUUUGUGUCCUCCUGAAAUCUGAUAGGCGUGCUGCAAAGCUCCUGGUUGCUCAGCCAUUCCCAGCCUGGUGCCCUCUAUAUGUCAUGGACUGCAGCCCUCCAAUGCCUGGCCAUUGGUCAUUCUGAGCAGGGCUGAUGCAAGCUGCAAUCUGCUGUAUCGGUUUGACACAGCCUUGCUUCCCAUGCCACUCCAGUAAUGUGUGCAUUUGGGAGACCCCAUAAGAGGGGAGCCUGAUGUGGGCACAUAAGCAGCAGCUUCCUCAAGCAUUUUGCAAAGAAACUCACCAAGUGCAUGGGGAGAGGCUGCAGCUUGGCCUGCAGAAGCUUCUGGGUUCGGCUCCCAGGGUCUCCAGUCUGCAGGAACCCAGAUUGCAGGGAAAGAGCUGCAGCACUGCGCACACCUGCCAGUCAAAAUAAUCAGUAUUAGCGUAAGACCAUUUUGUAUGUUUACAUCCCAGCCUGCUAUCCCCAAACACAGAGCUGUCUCCUGCACAGUGUUUUUCUCCACCUUUCCCUUAUUCUGCCUCUUACAAAUAUCCAGACACCAUGCAAGGAAGUUGACACAGUGGGUGAGGAUGUAGUCAGCUCCCCAAGUCGGAUGAAAACUAAUUUAAAAUAAAUAGGAUUUCUAUUUAUUUUUCUAUCAUUUGUAAGCAAGGCUGCCAUCUUUAUUGGUACUGGUAAUUAAGUUAAAACUUGUCAGUCACUUAAACUAUAUCCUGGAUUAGUCAAGCAGCACAAUUGUUGCUGUUUUAAUUAUGUUUAAUCAAAGGAUUUACAAAACCAGGGCAGGGGGAGCAGAUCAGGAGGGCUUUAUCUUAGAAAAGGAAAGUAAUCCCUUUUCUCUGUCAAACAACUGCUUUUAUUUAUAUGGAUGUUCAAUGCAAUAACUGGUUAAAAGGUAUAGAAUCAGCUCAAAUGUACCUUUAACCAGGCAAGAGGCCUAGUUUUAUUAAGGGACAUCAUGACCUCGUUUCCACACACAGCUACCCUACAGGAAGUUAGCUUUUUGUCUACUGCUGCUCAUAGAAGAUUGUUUUCUCAGCUUAAUUGCCAUGCAACGUGUAAUUUUCAAGAAAGUACAGGUUUUCCAGCAUUACUUCACCUCAUGUUGCAGUAUAACAACCACCUGAAAUUGUCCUUUGCCUGGCAAUUUUGCUUCAUGGGAAAAAACGUUUCCCAUUGGUUUGGGAUAAUCAGAGUUAGCAUUCAAAUUAAUUAAAGGACUUAUUCUGUUUGAGAUUGUGCUUUGUGUGAAAUAGUGAUUAUUUUGAAGAGUGUCUGUAGCGACUUGAAUUAGCAUACGUAGGAAGUUGUAAGCUCUCCUUGAAGGAUCCUCUUACUUUGGCUCUAUUACAGAUCUCAUGGUAGUAAUUUUCAAACCGCAUCACUGUUCAGACAGCAUUAGUGAGAUUAAAUAGCAGCUCCUGAAAACCCAAGACCCACAACCGAGGCUGCCUUAGCUGCACUUUCAGGCUUCAUGCCCUGCUCAUGAUGUUAAUUAUGCAGCAUCUCUGCUUUGGGUGCGAUAGGAUCAUUACGCCACUUGUGAUGGAGAGAUGUAUGACGGUUGCUCGCCCUUGGAGGAGAUUCCCUGUUGCAUCCCUGGAUGAGUUGCUACUGUGCUGUUAACCACCUUCCAGUCAGAAGGCAUGCCCAGAUGAGCUUGCCCCAGAGCGCUUUCCUGCACGCUUGGGGGAAAAAACACCUGUGCAUUUAGAAGUGACAUAUUCUUCAGAAAAACUAUGACUGGAUAUUUGGGAACACUGUUAGAAACUGGUUGUGGGCAAAUAUAUUAGUGUAUUUGGAGCAGCAGUUGUGGUUGGAUUAGAAUUCAGCAUUUCAGUACUUCCAGAUGUUUUGAGCUACAGCCUUUAUCAGCUUCAGCCAGCAUGGCCAGUGGAGAAGGAUGAUGGGAUAGGAAAUCUGUAGGGAUCCAGGUUUGAUUGAUGCCUGGAUGCUCAGUUGAAUUAAAAACCCCUUCAAGCCUCCAAUAUGCUAAAUAGUAUGCAUUAAUUUGUCCUGUGUUGGCACAUGAUUUAAAAGUCGCAAACCAUUAAUUUAGGGUUAUCAUUUCUUAAAAUAGAUUUUACCUGCAUUAGAGUGUGUGUGUGUAGCUUCUCUCAAAUGUUUACAUUUUUAAAAUGUUUUAAGCCCUCCACUUUUGUUUUUGUAAUUAAUAUUGGCAACAGCAGCAACCCAAGGAAUAAAAUUCAAAUCUUUUCAA